AUGUCCGGCGUAUCGACUACCUACCCGCUGCAUCGAAUACGAUUCUACGAUCAUACUCCAUCACCCAUCACAGCUCUUUCCUUCGCACCUCUGCCAUUACCUCCACCUCGAGGUCCUGCUGCUUCUUCUUCAAAGGGCAAGUCGAGGGACGGCCAACAGCAGCAUACCAACCAUAAAGAUGAAUUUGGUGUGCUAAUAUUAGCGAGAGAGAAUGGAGAAGUCGAAGUUUGGGAAUAUGUAAGGGACGAAGAGGGGAAUAUUAGUGGGAACUGGGUGUUGAAGAAGACUUUACCACCUACUCUGACCCACCCUACUGUCUCAUCCAUCGCACUGGUCAUCAGAGACCCAUUGAACUUCCAUAGGAAAUCAUAUUCUGUACCUAAACUGGAAGAUUUGAGGUUGUUCACCGCUGGAUCCGACUCUAACGAUAUAACCGAAAGAUGCCUAAUUACCGGUAGAAUCCUUCAAACAUACGAUAUACCUUCACCUCCUUUAUGGACACUUUCCGUUGCUCCCACUCAAGACCUCCUAUGUCUCUCGAGCUCUUCUUCAACACUGCAUUUCCUUAGUAUCCCCCCUCCAACAAUGUUCAACAAAUCUCCCGCUCUCGAACCUCCUCCAUCAGAAUUGUUGCGAUGUGAUACUCUACCAUCAAGAACAAGGACAGUAUCAAUCGCAUGGGGCGUACCGAAACUUGUCAAAUCUUCCGAUACCGUUACCAAUCCCGAGAUUGAGGGUGAAUAUGAAUGGAGGAAUACAUAUUUGAUUACGGGUAAUUCCGAUUCAUCAUUGAGGAAAUGGGAAUUACCACCUCCAGGAGGGAAGAAAGCUGGUACACCAGCCGGAAAUCAAAGAGGAACAAUCGUAUGGGGCGUGGGCGUAUUACCAGAUCAUAAUUUCGUUACAUCCGAUUCGUUGGGAAAUGUCACGUUCUGGGAUGGACAAAGUAUGGCUCAACAACAGCAUUUCAGAGCUCAUAAAGCAGAUGGGAUGUGUCUUACGAUUGGUCCAGGCGGUCGAAGUGUUUUCACCUCUGGACCUGAUCAAAGGAUAUGUCAAUUCGUCAAUGUGCCCUCAACUUCCGGAUCAGGUUCUCAAUGGGUACUAACAACCACUAAACGAGUUCAUUCUCACGAUGUUCGAGCUUUGGCUGUAUUCCCCCCAUAUACACCUUUUUCCGGUACCAACAUAAAUCCUGGGUACGCACCGGUGAUAGCUUCAGGAGGAUGGGACAUGUCUCUUACAUUUACGUCCGCUGGCGCGCCGGAUUUCGGCUCGUCUUUGUUGAUGAGGAACCUACUAGGUAAACCCAAGGGCGCGAGUGGAUCAAGGGUGACGUUCGAAGAGUCUUUCUCGAGGAAGAUGGGUUAUAUGACAGACGGAAGAGUACAAUUUGCUCCUCAGGCUAGAUUAUUAUUGGGUAGGAAAGACAGGAGCGUAGGUGUUUGGAAGGUAUUAGAGGAUGAACAGGGCUGGGAGAAGGUGCUGGAGAUGGAGUUGAAGCUCCGAACCAAUCUUACCUCCUCUUCCAUAUCGCCUAACGGAAAAUGGUUGGCUGUUUCUGAUCUAUACGAAACCAAGCUUUUCCAAUUAUCCUCUCAAGGGAACGCUAUCCGACCCUCACGUAUCAAGUCAUUCUUAUCCACUCUAACCUCUUCAACCCAAUUAGAACAUUUAUCAAUUCGUUCAAAAGGCUGUGGAUCGUCUUCAAUAUCUUUUACGAAUGAUUCUCAAAGGUUAAUUUUGGGUUUGGUAUCUUCUGGUCAAUUAUUGGUUCUGGAAUUACCACAAGAUGCAAAUGAAGAUGAGAUCGAGGUGGUCAAGUGUUUCACGAGAGAAGAUAAGAUUGUAGAUGGGCGUGUGGUUAAACCUAAACCCAAUGGAACGAUCAAGGUCAAUGGGGACGUUGAUAUGGAAACUAAUGGACAUGAACAAAGUGAAGAGAGUGAAGAGAGUGAAGAGAGUGAUGAUGACGAUGAAGAGGGAUUCGACGGAGGAAGUAAGAAGGAAGAGAACGCCGAUUGGAUAUCUUGUCUAGCCGUUAGUGAUGAUAAUCAAUGGUUGGCUGCGGGCGACAUGGAGGGGAGAGUGGGAAUUUGGAAUUUGGAUACUUUACAGCUUCACGCUACCUUACCUACUUUACCAUAUCCACCUACGUCACUAUCAUUCCCACCUUCUUCAUCACCAAUCCUAAUCCUCGCUUCACCGACUAAUACAUUCCAAUUGUACAACCUCGAACAACGCAAAUUACUUGUACCCUCGCCAACAGGUCAAUUGAACGAACUGCACCGCUCUUUAGCUUCUCUUCAUACACCUCUAAGUGGAUUGACAUUUGCCCAUGGUCAAGGUGGUAAACCAGGGAAAGUGAAGAUGUUGAUAUGGGGUAUAGAUUGGAUGGUGACUUGUCAUCUGAAUUUGGAUGAAAUCAUCAAUGUCAAGAACAGACGAUCAUCAAUUUCAAUUGCCGUCAAUGGAUCACCUGCAGGAGGAAGAGGUGGAUCGAAGAAGAAAAGAGCAAGAGAAGCUAAACUUGCUAGAGAUCAUCUAGAUACCCCUAGUGUAGCCGAGGAAGGAGAAGGUGAAAUGGAAAUCAAAGUGAUCAGAGAUAGAUUUAAAUCGAUCUUGGCAAUUGGUUGGUUGGGACAAGGACAGGGUCAAGGAGAGUUGGGAGUGGUCGAAAGGCCCUUUGGAGAUUUUGCGGGAGAGUUGCCAAAUGCUUUUUGGUCAGGUGGGUAUGGAAGGAGUUAG